UACAAAACCUGCGGCAAAGAGCUUUUAGGAUCAUUGUUUGGCAAAUAUUUUGUUUAAGAUAUGAUUUUCUGAGUCAAGUUAGACGUUUUAAAUGUUGUGUUAUUGUACAAAAUAUAUAAAAGUGUGUGUCUUUAUAAUAUGUUUCUUUAUUGAUGCAUAUUUUUUCUGAAUUUUAAGUGUCAAAAAGUGACUUUGUUGAAAUUAUUCAAAAGGUACAAAAUGGCAGCAAGUGCUAAGUCUUUAGUUGAUCAGAGUUCUAAUGAAGUGAAGGACUAUAUUUGUAAUGCCUGUGAAGACCAGAAUAAUGCUGAGACAAGUGCUGAUUUCUAUUGUAAACAGUGUGAACGAUUUUAUUGUGGAAACUGUAUUGAUCCCCAUGGUAAAGCAUUGGCUAAACAUACAGCAUUUGGAAGAGUAGAUAUAGAUAAGUGGCCAGUUUCCAAAAAAGUGGUGGAUUUUCUACUAACUUGUUAUGAACACAAAGACAAUAAAGUUGACAAGUUCUGCACCACCCACAGUCAGCUGUGCUGCCCUCAGUGUGUAUUCAAUUAUCACAGCCAGUGCAGUAAAGUGACCCAGAUUUUGGAGCUGACCAACUCGCAGCCCACUGGCCUGGAGGGGAUGUCAGUGGAGCUGGAAACUGUCCUGGGGGAAAUUAAAACCCUGCAGAUCAGUCAGAAGGCCAGCAUUCAGUCAUUGCAGAAAACAUACAAGGAACAUAGUGCAGUUAUGAUAGAGCAAAUGCGUGGCAAUUUAAAUACUUAUAUAGAUGAAUGUGAUAAUAGUUCUGUGGGUACAUCAGGCGGAAAUGAGCAAUAUUUAAAAGAAGAGAUGUGUAGGAGUGUUCUCUCUAUCGUGAAUGAAUUUGAUAAUAUUACUGCGAAGGAACUUAACGAGAUGAAAGAUGAAGUUAUAAGCAUUAAAGGGUCAGUUACAAUUUCUAUGCAUAAAUGCACCAGUCUUCACAAUGACUUGUCACAUUUCCAUGAAAUUGUUCAGAAAAUUGGAGAUCAUAAGCAGCUCUGCCUUAUAGCCAGCAUAAAAUGUAAGCAUAUAAUACAACAGGCAUUAACUCUGCUAGGAAAGUCAAGCAAGGUGUUUAAUGUCCAGAGUAUUACUAAGCACAAUGUGAGAAUACCAAGUGAUUCAGAUGUAUGUUUGAUCACAGGCACAUGUGUUUUUCCCGAUGGGCAGGUACUGGUUGUAGACUGGAGAAAUAAGAAUGUCAAGCUGCUGAACCAGCAGUACCAGGUGGUGAGUCACUGGGAUGUGAAUGCUCGGCCAGUUGACAUUUGUUUGAUCACACCCAGUGAGGUUGCAGUGGCUGUGAAUGACCAUAAUAGCAAGAUACAUGAGGUCCAGUUUAUCACUGUCAACCAGGGAAAACUUGUUCCUGGCAGGAAGUUUCAGUUACAACAUGAAUGUAGAGGUAUUGACCAUCAACAAGGAGUCCUUUUUGUCAUCUCUAAUGAAGAACUGUACAAAUACACACUGAAUGGCAAACAGGUCUGCAGUCUCUAUAGGUCAUUUGAAUAUACAGUAUCCAGGUGUGCUGUGAGUCCCACAGGAGACAGGCUGUACAUCACCAGCUACUACAAGCUUCUCACCCUGGCCAGGGAUGGCACACUCCUGGCUACAUACUCAGACCCAGCACUAGAGCGCCCAUCUGGUCUACAUGUGACCCCUGCAGGCCAGGUGCUGGUAUGUGGAGGCAGGCCCGGCGGCACUGUACUACAGGUGGGCUGGGAGGGGAAGAGUAAGCUUGCUACGCUGGCUACACAGGAGGAUGGAGUGUGGUUGCCAUGGUCAGUCUGCUACAGCAGCACAACAUCAUCCAUCGUUGUGGGACAGACGAGGGACAACAUCCUGGUGUUCAGAGUGGAAUAG